AUGAAUGCAUUGGAAGACCAGACCGUCGCCUCGAUGGGUCAAAACCAGAUGCUCUAUAUCCUGGGCUUUGGUGUCACCGCGCAUGGCCUCAUCCUGUGGUGUGUCCUAUACUACCUCCCUCUCUACUUCGAAGCCGUGAAAGACUACACUCCGAUAUUGGCCGGGACCGCCCUUCUGCCACUCACAUUUACACUGUGUCAGAGCGCCAUUACUAUAGGGCUACUGAUUACCCACUGGGGCCGCUACCGCUAG